AUGGCAGUCUUGAACCAACUAUAUAAAUCCGUACAGCGAUAUCCUGUCUCUCAUAUGGCCAAUUUGUUACUCUAUUUAGCUGACUCGACACUGCAAGAAAAAUUAUUAGUGCUUGAAAUGAUCGAUUUACAAAAGAGAAUACCAGUAGUCAAAAAUAUCCUCAGCCGUUAUUUACAGUCAUUUAAUAUUAACCAGUUGGAUUCUAUCCGAAGAAAAUUUUAUAUUCGUCAACAGACGACUUAUUACUUUGAUGCUUCAAGCGAAGAUGAUGAUGACCUCGUACAUUUGAUCCAAAAACUAAAUAAUGCAAACUUACCUGAAUAUGUCAUCUCUACUGUCCAACGAGAUCUGAAUCGAUUAAGAAAAUUACCUGCCUCCUCCUCUGAUUCUGGUAUUUUGAGAACAUAUAUUGAAUACAUCGGCGAUCUACCUUGGUCAAAUAACGUUCGUCAAGAAAUUAACAUUUCAUUUGCCAAAAAUCAGCUCGAUCAUGACCAUUUUGGGAUAGAGCAUGUUAAGAAGAGAAUCGUUGAAUAUUUGUCUGUGUUAAAAGUCAAGAGUGAUGCUAAACCUCCUAUCCUUUGCUUGGUGGGUCCACCUGGCGUAGGUAAAACAACGCUUGGCAAAUCCAUAGCCACCGCACUACAAAGAAAGUUCCACAGGAUAUCUUUGGGCGGCGUAAGGGAUGAAGCGGAAAUAAGGGGUCAUCGACGCACGUAUGUAGGGGCCUUGCCUGGUAUAUUCAUUCAUGGUAUGCGUCAGUGCGGCGUAAAGAAUCCUGUUUUUUUGUUGGAUGAAAUUGAUAAGCUCGUACAAGGAACACAUCAGGGAGAUCCCGCCGCAGCAUUACUUGAAGUACUUGAUCCUGCUCAAAAUCCAACAUUCAAAGACCACUUUUUGAAUAUUCCAUAUGAUCUAUCGCAAGUCGUGUUUAUAGCAACUGCAAAUAACCUUGAUACUAUACCUGCGCCCCUACUCGACAGAAUGGAGGUAAUCCAGCUCAGUGGAUAUACUUAUGAAGAAAAAUUACAUAUAGCACAAACCCAUUUGAUACCAAAGCAAAUCGAAGCACAUGGACUCACGACCACAAGCCUCAAGAUACCUGACGAUGUGGUUUUGUAUAUAGCCGAGAAAUACACAAGAGAAAGUGGCGUAAGAGAAUUGGAAAGACUGAUUGCUACCCUUUGCCGCUACAAGUGCAGAGAAUACGCAGAUUUGGAAGAAGCAGGGAGACUGAAUGACUUUGAUAGUGUCAUAUACAUGCACGAUAUAGAGCACAUUCUAGGUGUACAGAUUUAUGAUAACGAAGCCUAUCAUUUGGAAGAAACAGCGGGGAUUGUCACAGGACUAGCAUACUCUAGCAGUGGUAAUGGCGGCACCAUGAUGAUUGAAGCAAAUUAUAUGCCGGGUUAUGGCAAUCUUAAGCUCACGGGAUCUCUCGGCGAUGUCAUUAAAGAAUCGGCUCAAAUUGCUGUCUCUUGGAUCAAGGCAAAUGCAUACGCACUCAAAUUGACGAGUUCGCCAAGACAAGAUAUUCUAAAAGACCUUGACUUACAUAUCCAUAUGCCAAGUGGAGCCAUUCCCAAGGAUGGUCCUUCAGCAGGCAUCACAAUGGCAACCUGUGUCAUGUCCUUAUUGUCUGGUACUCCUGUGCCAAGGUCCAUCGCGAUGACAGGAGAGAUAACCCUUCGUGGCCAAGUACGGCCUGUAGGAGGAAUCAAAGAAAAGGUGAUCUCAGCGCAUCGAGCUGGUAUCAAGAAGAUCAUACUUCCUGUUGGUAACAAAAGAGAUAUACAACAUGAUAUUCCAACAAGUAUACAAAAAAGUAUGACAUUUAUUUAUUGUAAAUCCAUGUGGGAUGUUAUUGAAGCUGCCUUUGAGCAUACUUCUGUACGUUAUGAGCAUAGAUAUACUAGUAGUUUGUAA